AUGGGUGGUGCCGUGCAGAGCACAUUUACAGCCAUCCUGAGUGUGGAAUUUAUAAUCGGCAACUUUGGGAAUGGACUCAUAGCAGUGGUGAACAUCAUGGACUUGGGCAAGAGAAGAAAGAUCUCCUCAGUGGAUCAGAUCCUCACUGCUCUGGCCAUCUCGAGAAUCAUGCUGCUCUGGUUAGUAUUACUGAAUUGGUGGCUAUCUGUGCUUUAUCCAGGGAGAUGGAUAAAUGAAAGAAUGGCUGGGAUAAUACACAGUAUCUUGUCAGCAUCCAACCAGUUUAGUCUCUGGUUAGCUACAAGUCUCAGCAUCUUUUACUUGUUCAAGAUAGCAAAUUUUUCCAACACUAUGUUCCAUUAUUUUAAGGUCAGAGUUAAAAAAGUGGUGACAGUGACAUUGUUUGUGUCUUUGUUUCUCUUGUGUUUAAAUAUUAUAGUUAUUAAUGUACCCGAGGAAUUUUCGAUCACUGAGGGUAAGGUAAAUAUGUCUUACAGCUUGAGUUUGAAUAACACACAGAUUUCCGUUCUAUGGUUUUUAUUUUCCAAUAUCGUGUUCGUGUCCAUACCCUUUGCUGUGUCCCUGGUCACUUUUCUGCUGCUCAUCUUCUCCUUGUGGAAACAUCUGAGAAAGAUGCAACACACUGCCCCAGGAUGCAGAGACGCCAGUACCAUUGCCCACAUCAGAGCCCUGCAGAUAGUGAUUGCCUCUCUCCUCCUGUACAUGCUUUUCUUUUUAUCUUUUGUUGCUAACUUUUGGGGGUCUUUGUUUCUGAAGAAAAAUAUGAUGCUUUUGUUCACACAGGUGGCAAGAGCUGCUUUUCCCUCAGUACACCCCUAUGUCCUGAUUCUGGGAAAUACUAAGCUGAGAAAGGCUUUUCUCUCUGUACAGCUUUGGCUGAGGGGUAGGCACAAAGACGGGGAUCCUGGGCUGCAGAGAACCAGGGCUUAA